AUGUCUCUCAUCUCUCUUGUUCCGUUCUCAUUCAGAAGCCGGCACGCCCCUGCAAUUCAGGUCCGCUUCCCUAGGGAGUUUGCUGGCCAAGACCCUUGCUGCAAUUCCCACAUCCCUCUCCAUCUCCUUCGGCCAGAACGCAUGUGCAGUACGUACUGGGAUAUGGAUCUGGGAAGUGGGCGAGCUAGCACCAACGCUUGCACCGGUAUCAACACCAGUGCUAAUGCAGAAACGACGCUAGUACUAGAUGCCAAGGUCAUGGAUCAGGCCCACCACACCCUUUCAGUCCAAGUUCAAGCUCUGCUUCCGCGAAAGCCCCAGGGGUAA